GUCACUGGAUGAGAUCACCAGCCCAGUGAAGAACUCGGUGUGUGAGAACAUGGGGAAUUCAAGUGAGCUGCCAGAAGCUCCAAGCUUGGAGUUGGAUGCUCCCCAGCAUCCACAUGGCAAUGAGAGUGAAGGGGCUGUCAUUUUUUCAAAGCAUCAACACAACGAACAAGGGAGUGUGCCUCAUGCAGAGACACUUCAGAGCAGCACUGGUGGCAGCUCAAUGGAGGUUCCUCAUGGCAACCAAUGUGAAGAUGGCACAAUACCUGGGGGCAACAAGAAUGAGCUAGGCAAGGCGGCUAUCACAAGAUUGGCUCAUUUGGAUGAGACAGAGCCCGCAGAGCCCAUUGAGGCUGAGGCUGAGGGGCUUGAAUCACCCCACAAGGAGAGGGGCAGGCCCAGGAUUCCAGACGAAGAGAAGAUCAACAAUGGCAAGCGGCAUCAGAGCCACCGCUCCCGACCUCGGAUUGUGGUGCCCAAAAUUGAGCCUGAACCAAGCCAGAAGCAAGAAGACACUCCAGGAGUUUCAGGAGUUCCAGGAGUUGUUGCCCCAGAAGACACAGCAGAGAGUAAGAAGCCCCUGCGAGCCACAUUUGCAGGGCGCAUUGCACCCUCGACCUCGGAUGGAAAAGAAUUCUUUGAACACCUGAAGGCUAUCCACAUGGAGCAUGCACCUCCCAAAUGCAGGAGUGAGAAGAUGCAGCGGCAAUUGUGGAAGCAUGUCAAGGAAGCUGCUGGCUUUGGCUGUGGCAAAAGUGAGAUGAAAGUCUUGUGCUUGCAAUUCUUCAAGGCACAUGAGGG